AUGGAUGCAGACGAUAUUCAGCCGCUAAUCGAGUACGAAACUGAUAGAUAUUUAUAUUCGGAACUCGAUGUACAACAUUUUAAAACAGACCUUGAGUUUGAAGAGGUGGUCUACGGCUACCACAAAAGCAGAUGGCGGACGAUCCUCACGUACAUUCUCUCGACGCUGUUCUGUGGGAUCCCUAUCCUUUUAUUCCAUUGGGUUCCCACUUGGUUCCUGUACGCUACAAGCGUCAGAUGCUCGUUCCAGAUAGCUGACAGCGUUUUAAUAAUUGAAACAUACCAGAAGAAAUGCAAAAGUUACUACAUUCACAAAAUUCUACAGAAAGAUAUAGCAGAUGCGAGUGGACUGCUAAAUCUAGGUUUCAUAGACGAGGGUGACAAUGAGAAGCAACCUAUAGAAUCUGUUGACGCAAUACACACCCCUAUCCACCUGGCUGAUGGGUCUUCAAUUAAUGUGCAGAGCUAUCGUUACUUUCGUCAUAAAAAGCAGACCAUGAUCUGGGACGGAGGACGAGCACAGUGGUGUCUUCUGGGCGGCAUCGAGUGUGGGGCGACUUGUGCACAAUUACAUGCUACGGGGGGACAUCCGCCUUCGAGCGAGCGACGAGUUCGAAUGCUUAACAUCUACGGACUCAACGAAAUCAAAGUGCCCGUCCAGUCCAUCAUAGCCCUAAUCCUGCUAGAAGUAUUCAACCCAUUCUACAUAUUCCAACUCUUCACAAUAGGGGUGUGGGUAGCUGAACGUUAUUAUUACUACUGCAUCGCAGUCGUACUCAUGUCUACUUUUGGUGUUGCCACAUCUGUGAUACAGACUAAAAAGAAUCAAAAUAACCUCCGAGCUACUGUAGAAGCCUUUGACACUGUGGAUCUCGGGGACGGGCGGCGCGUGGACAGCCGCAUGGUGGCGCCUGGUGACGUCAUCCUACUGCCGAACCGCUGCACCCUGCACUUCGAUGCGGCGCUGCUUAAUGGCACGGCUGUUCUUAACGAGAGUAUGCUCACCGGUGAAUCAGUGCCAGUAACAAAAACAGCAUUGCUACGAAUUGACCGUCCAUUCUCGCUAAAAGAGCACUCUUCCAGUAUCCUGUUCUGCGGUACUAGGGUCAUACAGACUAGAUACUACAAUAACGAACCAGUUAGAGCUCUCGUUCUUCGCACUGGAUACAACACUAGCAAGGGCCAACUUGUGAGGAGUAUCUUGUAUCCGGUUCCUGCUGACUUCAAGUUUGACCGUGAUUCCUACAAGUUUAUCAUCAUCUUGGCUUGUAUUGCCUUUCUUGGACUCGGAUAUACAAUAGCUUUAAAGGCCGCCCGUGCUCUAUCAGCUGGGGAUAUAGCAAUCAAAGCUCUUGACAUCAUCACCAUCGUGAUCCCACCAGCAUUACCGGCCGCCAUGACAGUUGGACGCCUUUACGCUGUGUCGCGCCUCAAGCGCGCCAGGAUAGCUUGCCUCAACACGCGAGCGGUCAACGUUAGUGGUUCUAUCGACUGCGUGUGCUUUGAUAAGACAGGAACCUUAACAGAAGAUGGCCUAGAUAUGUGGGGUGUUGUUGCUGUAUCAGCUGCCACGCGACCUGCUCGACUUGGCAGGCCCCAGCGAGAUCCCAGACAGUUGAAUGAGUUGCAUCCUCUAAAGCUAGCUAUGGCGACCUGUCAUAGUCUGACGCUUUUAGACUCUGAGCUCGCCGGAGACCCUUUGGAUCUCAAGAUGUUUGAGUCAACCGGAUGGGUGUUAGAAGAACCUGAUGUGCCAGAGUCUUCGAAUUACGAAAUUCUAACCCCUACCAUUGUAAAGCCAAAGAAAACAGCUAACAUCGAUGUUGACGAUAUACAUUUACCGUUAGAAGUGGGUAUAGUCCACCAGUACCAGUUCGUGUCCUCGCUACAACGUGCUUCAGUGGUAACGCGGGUGUUGGGUGAGGACGUGCUGCGGGUAUACUGCAAAGGAGCACCUGAGAUGUUACGGACUUUGUGUACUCCUGAUACAAUCCCAGAUAACUUGUUCGAGGUGUUAAACUCAUACGCGGAGAAGGGUUAUCGGGUGAUAGCGUGUGCGACGAGAGUAUUAGAAGUCACCUGCAAGCAAUUGCAGAAGAUGAACAGGGAAGAGGUGGAAGUCGACCUGGAGUUCCUAGGCCUAGUGAUAAUGGAGAACAGACUAAAAGGAGCCACAACUGGCAUCAUUAGAGAGCUGAAAGACGCCAAUAUUCAUGUGGUUAUGAUUACAGGUGACAACAUUCUGACAGCAGUGAGCGUGGCUAAAGAGUGCGGUAUCCUUACGGGUGACCAACGUGUGGUGCACCUACACGCCGACACGUCGGGCAGCUCGCCCCUCAUAUACUGCGAGAGCACCUUACAUGGGGCCCCCGUGGGUCGGCGCUGUCCGCUGGUGCGCUGGUGGCGCAGCGAGGACAGCGGGCACGGCUCCUGGCGCGGUUCGGGCUCCGCCUCGGGCUCGGGCUCCAACACCAAUUCCUUCGACGUCGAGGCGUCGACCAACGAGCCCAGAUACAAGAUCGUUAUGACUGGGGAUACUUGGAAGGUGCUCCGCGAGCACUACCCCAACCUGGUGUCGCGGGUGGUGGCGCGCGGGGCCGUGUUCGCGCGCAUGACGUCCGACCAGAAGCAGCAGCUCAUCGUCGAGUACCAGGCGCUCGGCUACUAUGUCGCGAUGUGCGGCGACGGCGCCAACGACUGCGGCGCGCUCCGCUCGGCCCACACGGGCAUCUCCCUCUCCGAGCUGGAGAGCAGCGUGGCCGCACCCUUCACCUCCGCCAACCCCGACAUCGUCUGCGUCUCCAGGGUGUUGCGCGAGGGUCGAGCCGCCCUCUCCACGUCCUUCGGUGUCUUCAAAUUCAUGGUCGCCUACUCUCUCACGGAAUUCUUCUCGGUUGGAUUUUUGUAUUACUUCGAUUCGAACCUCACGGAUUUCCAAUUUUUAUUCAUAGACGUCGCCUUGAUCGUCAAUUUCGCGUUCUUCUUCGGCAUGACCGAGGCUUACACCGGUAAAUUAUUCAAGAAUCCGCCCCUAACGUCUCUUUUAGGGCUGAUACCGCUUUCGUCGAUACUGGGACAGAUGGUUUUGAUUGCGAUCGCGCAGUACUUGAGCUAUUACGCCUUGACUUUGUUCCCGUGGUAUGUGAGACAUACGUAUCAAGGCGACGAAGUCAACGAGUGUUGGGAGAACUACGCCGUUUUCACUGUGUCCAUGUUUCAAUAUAUAACUCUUGCGAUAGUAUUUAGCCACGGUGCGCCCUAUAGGAAGUCUGUGGUGACUAACAAACAGCUUAUGAUUAGCAUGCUGAUAAUGACCGCUGUCUGUACAUAUAUAACAAUGAUGCCCGCGCAAUGGCUCGCGGCAUUCUUGCAGCUCAGAAUGCCAAAAGAUAUCUUGAUGUCUUACAUCGUGUUGGCUCUGGCGGCUUUCAAUUUUGUCAUAGCGUUAUUCUUCGAGAGGAUAAUCAUAGAAUACGUAAUGGAGUACAAAAGGAUAAUUCCGAAGUGUUUAAAAGAAAAACAGGUGAGAAAAACGCCGUAUUUGUUAAUUAAAAGGCAACUGACCGACAUGGAUUACUUGGACUGUGAUAGUGUUAUAAAAUAUGAUAAGGAGAAUGGUGAUUCUGCGAUCGAUUCGUCGGUCUUAAGUAGCUGA